AUGUGUGAUUGUACUGUUUAUUAUGAUCUGACGGUCCACACCCGGCAGGCUCCAUCCCUAUACUUUGUGUCAGCCGGCACUCAGGCUGAUUUAACGUCGUACAGACGAGAGGCUCCCUCCGAGGCUGGAGCAGCGGCGCCUUGGCAGCUCGUCGUCCUCACCGCGCUCUUCCUCAGCCGCUUCCUGAGCACGGGGGACCAGUCGGCCAAGGGGAACUACGGUCUGCUGGACCAGAUCCAGGCGCUGCGCUGGCUCAACGAGAACAUCGGCCACUUCGGGGGCGACCCCGAGCGCAUCACCAUCUUCGGCUCCGGCGCCGGCGCGUCCUGCGUCAACCUCCUCAUCCUAUCGCACCACUCCGAGGGUCUGUUCCAGAGAGCGAUCGCCCAGAGCGGCUCUGCCAUCUCCUCGUGGUCGGUGAACUAACCGGCCCAUCAUGUACACCAAGAUCCUGGCCCGCAAGGUGGGCUGCAACCUGGGGGAGAUGGCGGACCUGGUGGAGUGCCUGAGGAAGAAGAGCUUCAGGGAGCUGGUGGACCAGGACAUCCAGCCCGCCCGUUACCACAUCGCCUUCGGCCCCGUGGUGGACGGGGACGUGGUCCCGGACGACCCCGAGAUCCUCAUGCAGCAGGUGGG